AUGCAGUACCGCAUCGUUUCUAGUCUCAUCACCUUCGUCCUUCUCGGCACCUCAGUUGCUGCCCCUUUCCCCUCAGAUGCUGAUGCCGCUACAAAAUAUGUGGUCGACAAGCGAUCUGAUGCUGAUGCUGCCACCAAGUAUGUGGUCGACAAGCGCUCCGAUGCCGAUGCUGCGACUAAGUAUAUAGUUGACAAGCGCUCAGACGCUGACGCUGCCACUAAAUAUGUGGUCGACAAACGUUCCGAUGCCGAUGCUGCUACCAAAUACGUGGUUGACAAGCGUUCUGACGCCGACGCCGCCACUAAAUAUGUCGUUGAUAAGCGCUCCGAUGCCGACGCUGCCACCAAGUACGUGGUCGACAAGCGCUCUGACGCUGACGCUGCCACCAAGUAUGUUGUUGAUAAGCGUUCCGAUGCCGACGCUGCCACCAAGUACGUGGUCGACAAGCGCUCUGACGCCGACGCCGCCACUAAGUACGUGGUUGAUAAGCGUUCCGAUGCUGAUGCUGCCACUAGAUACGUGGUUGACUGA